AGUGCAGUAGCGGGCUGCCGCCGUCCCAGACCCGGGGCGGUGACCCAGCGCCCUUUAGCGCGGCGCUUGAUGAGCGUCCCCGAGCGCUUCUAAUCGAGCCUCGCUGCCCCGCGGUGCCUGCGGGGGCGGGGCCGCCGGGUCUGACCUCUGCCUAGCCCACGCCCACGGGGCGCUUCCCCGCUUCACGCCCGCAGCGGCCCAGCGUCGGCUGGAGGGCCGGCUCGACGGAGCGGGGACCGCGCGGCCGCUGCAGCCCCAGAUAAGGCAGCUGCAGUGGCCCGCAAGGGGCUCGUCUCCAAGAAUCGCCUCGGGCUGUAGUCCCACCGCCCAGCGCAGCUGAGGGCGCUGUCAGGACAUGGCCGAGGAGCGCCCGGGGGCCUGGUUCGGCUUCGGUUUCUGCGGCUUCGGGCAGGCGCUGGGCUCGGGGCGCGAGCGCCGGGUGCUGAGCCCCGAGCCGCUGCGUGCGCCGGGCGCGGGCCUCGACGUGUACCGCGUGAGCGCCAGCUGGAGCUACACCGCCUUCGUGAGCCGUGGCGGCCGGCUGGAACUGGCGGGCGCGGCGGGCGGCGCAGCGGGCGGUUGCAGGGACGCGUGGGCCUCGGAGGCGCUGCUUGUGCUGUUGCGCGCGGGGCCGGGCCCCGAGAUUGGGGCGGAGCUGCAGGCCUGGGCGCCCGGGUCGGAGCUGCGCGGGGAACCCCUCUGGGUCCACACCGUGGAGGCAGAGGCCGAGGGGGAUGACGGGCCGGGCGGCAAGCCCCAGGCCGGGCCGCUGCCCCUGCUGCCCUGCGCCCGCGCCUACGUGAGCCCGCGGCCGCCCUUCUACCGGCCUCUGGCCCCGGGGCUGCGGGCGCGCCGCCUGGAGCUGGGCGCUGAGCACGCGUUGCUGCUGGACGAGGCGGGCCAGGUGUUCUCCUGGGGCGGGGGCAGGCAUGGCCAGCUGGGCCACGGGACUCUGGAGGCAGAGCUGGAGCCGAGGCCGUUGGAGGCGCUGCAGGGCCUGCCCAUGGCUGAGGUGGCCGCAGGUGGCUGGCACUCUGUGAGUGUGAGUGAGACUGGGGAUGUUUAUAUCUGGGGCUGGAACGAGUCAGGGCAGCUGGCCCUGCCCACCAGGAGCCUGGCGGAGGAUGGAAAGACAGUCGCCGGGGAAGCCGCUGGACUGCAUGAAGGUGGUCCUGACGUGAAGAGCACAGCUGGCAGAGAGGAUGGCGCCCCUACCCCCUUCAUAGCUGUGCAGCCGUUCCCAGCUUUACUGGAUCUCCCGCGGGGCUCAGAGGCCGUGAAGGCCAGCUGUGGAUCUCGACACACAGCAGUGGUGACAAGAACAGGAGAGCUCUACACCUGGGGUUGGGGUAAAUACGGACAGCUUGGCCACAAGGACACAAGCAGCUGGGAUCGGCCCUGCCGCGUGGAAUACUUUGUAGAGAAGCAACUCCAAGUAAGGGCUGUGAGCUGCGGGCCCUGGAACACCUACGCAUAUGCUGUGGAGCAAGAGAAGAGCUGACGUGUGUAGAUAAGGCAUGAAACAAACGUACAGGAUAGUAGAAAAUGAUAAAGCUCACACCUGUGAGACUCCCCCCAGGCCAAGGGAAGCCAUCGCCAGCACCUAGAGGCCCCGCAUCCCCUCCCCCAGCCCUCUCGCUUCACCUUAGAGCAGUGUCCUCAACUUUGUCCUCACAUUAGAAACACCUGGAGAGCCUUACAAACGGAUGCCCAAGGCCAGCAUCGUGGUGAAAUCAGAACCCCUGUGUGUGGGGCCCAGACAUGGGCAGACUUUAAAGCUCCCUCCACAUCCCCCAGGUGAUUUUGAGGUACCCACGAUUGGGAACCAUUAGAAGUCACCUUCCGUGAUCCACUCACCUCUUUCCAUUUAGAAUUGUACCCCCUUCUAGUCAUCCUUAUAAAUGUAGUUUAGUUUGUCUGCUCUUGAACACUAGGUAAAUGGAGUCAUCCUGUGUGUUCUUUUGUGUGUUGUUUUUUCAUUCGGUGCUGUAUGAGCCAUCUGUGUUGUGUCCUGCGGUUCAUUCCUUUUUAUUGUUAUACGGUAUCCCGCUGUAUGAAUAUACCUUGUUAUAUAUUCUUUU